GAAGGUGCAACGAAUUGUUGCACAGACGUGUCAGAAGCAUUUGUGCAUGACACAGGAAGAUAAAGAACUUCUUAUCAAAACAAAAACGAGCAUAAAUUAUUCUGGAUGAUUUGGGACAUAAGAGGAAGUAACUUUCUGGGUACUAUUACUCCAAUUAAGACAUUUAUCCAGCAUGCAAAAGACAUAAGGACACUGUGAAUUCUCCAUUUGCAGCUUAGGUUGGACCAAGCCAGGAUCAUUCUACUGAGGAUGUACACCAACAGCACCAGCCUAAUGUCCAGUGCAAAGCCACUGCUUGUUCUUUCUCUCGCAAUGGUCAUCUUCUUCACGGUAAUGGGAAACCUGCUUGUCAUCCUGGCUAUUGCUCGCACUCCUCAGCUCCACUCCACCACCAACAUCUUUAUCACCUCUCUGGCCUGUGCAGAUCUCAUCAUGGGCUGUGUGGUCCAGCCCUUGGGCAUCAGCAUGGUGGUGACCGGAAUAUGGCUACUGAGUAAGACUCUUUGUGAUCUGUGGACAUCUGUAGAUGUGCUCUGCGUCACAGCCAGUAUCGAGACACUGUGCGCCAUUGCCGUGGAACGUUACAUCGCAGUGACAAGGCCCCUGAAGCACCAGGUUCUCCUGGGCAAGCGUAGAGCCAGAUACAUUGUAAGCAUGGUGUGGAUGGUGUCGUCCCUGGUUUCCUUUGUGCCAAUCAUGAAUCAUCAUUCUCGCGAAACUGAAGAUGUUGAUGCAGAAGCAUGUUACUCUGACCCAAAUUGCUGUGACUUCAUUACCAGCAAGACCUACGCCAUCUUCUCCUCUGUGGUGUCCUUCUAUGUCCCCUUGGUUAUCAUGGUCUUUGUGUAUGGGAAGGUAUUUGCCAUUGCGACCAGACAGCUGAGACUCAUCGAUAGAGAAAAAUUGCGUUUUCUGAGUAAAAGUGAAAAAGACUCUGAAACACAACAUACAAUUGGUCAGUCUUGUGAAAGUCCACUUCCAGAGGCUGAAACGGUUCAGAGUUAUAGGCGUAGACCAUUGAGGCAUGUUCUCAAGGAACACAAGGCGCUCAAGACGCUGGGAAUUAUUAUGGGUAUCUUCAUUCUUUGUUGGUUACCCUUCUUCAUCUUCAAUAUCAUCAAGGUCUUCAAGCGUGAGGUUCCCCCACAGAAUGUGUUCCUUCUAUUGAAUUGGCUUGGCUAUGCUAAUUCAGGCCUGAACCCAGUCAUCUACUGCCACAGCCCAGAGUAUCGUACUGCCUUCCAGAAUCUUCUAGGCUUGAAAAAACUCAAGCAACUGAAUCACAGUGCCUUAUACAAACACCUACAGACGCUUGUCAUGUGCAUCCAAAGCAAUGGUUCUGUAAGAAUGGAUUGCUCAAGUCAUGAAGUCCCAACAGUGGUGCAGGCUACAAACAUGAGUUCUAACACAUGUACAGUUUUCAAAGAGAAAGAGUAUUUAGAAACUCAGCCUCACAAUGGCUCAACUGUGACACAGAUCAGUGUUGCAGAGACAGUUUAAAGGGUCAGUGAUGACAGAAAACAGCAUCUGUGGUUUUCAAAGGGACUUGCCCUAGCAUUAAUGCCUAUCAAAGGAGUCAAGUGGACCCUGACUUCAUUACAUUCAGAACGUGUGCAGGGGCAAAAACAUGAAGCCAAUAAGAAAAUCUUUAAAGCAACAGAACAGAAAACUGAUAUAAAGAAUAAACAGUGACGGUAAAGAUUGUUACGCAGGAACUGUGCCAUCUCAACUUCGAACAAAAUGACAAGGACCUAAAAAGACCUAUCUUCUCUUCCCCUUCAAACCAUCAAAAUAAAAUCUUUUGUGUAGGCCUGGCUGCAACAUACUACAUUUUUUUUAUGUACUACAUUUCAUAUAAUGAGGAAUCGAGAUACAAGAGUUCAUUAUACUUGGACAACUUUGAAAAAUGUAACUGUUACAAUUCAAAACUGGCUCCCCAUUGAAAAAAAAAAAAAAAAAAAAAAAAAAGAUUAUUUAUUCAGACUAAGCUGCAAAAACAUCUCAUUCUGUACUUUACCAACUUUGGACAGAUAAAGAGAUUUGAACACAUGAAUGCCCACAUUUGUCAUCAUUAAUCACAUCAUUAAUGCAUUUUCGGUAUUCAGAAACUUCGGGCGCCCAGUCAUGGUGAGGUAAUACGUAGAAAGUACAAUAGAUACUUUUAUUCCUAAAACCAGAUGAAUUCAUGAUAAUGGUGUGUUUACAUCACAUCAGAAUUACCAGAAUUACAAGAUUCUGACUUGUAAAACAGCGUUGACAUCUUCGUAGAACUCAUGAAGUUAUGUAAAAAGAACCAAAACCAGUGGCCUCAACAAUUAAAGGGGCCAUGACAUGCCUUUUUUAUUAUUUUUUAUAUGUUCUUUGAGGUUCACUUAUAAUAUUAGUAAAGUUUUUGCACAAAAAAACAGUCAAAUAUUAGUAAAACAUGAUCAUUUCCCACCCUCAUUCUGACCCUCUGUCAGAAAAGCUUGGUUUUGGUGCUGCUUCUCUUAAGAAAAGACAAUAAACUUUAUUAUUGGCUCUCUGCUCUUGACUGACCUGCUCUCUCCUUGCCAUCUACUGCCGACCGCUAUUGGGCAGGCUACGGAAGUGAUAAGGUAAAGUAGGCAUUGAUGUGUUGUUGUGUAGAUGGUCAGAUGCAAAUGUCUACCUUUUUUAGCAGAGAGGAGAAAGUUUUGAGUUCUGAAACGUACAGAAUGUUUUUAUUUGAUCUAACACGGUUAUUUGAGAUAACCGUGAUUAUUGUUCACUUCAAAAUCCAAUCAUUUUAAUGCCCAAAUAAGGAAAUUUUAAGCAAAUAUAUAAAUUCCAUGAACUGCGCAUUUAUGUGUCAUUCAGUUGAACUCCAAGCGUCACUGAGCAGAUUUCAACCAGAGCCUGGAAGAGCGAGUGAAGCACUUCUCAAGCACUCUGAUGUGAGUGCCAUCAGCAGAGGCUCGUGCCAAACUCUUAUGUAAAUAUAAACAAACAAAUAUAAAGUUUGAGAGUGAACGCAAAGAGCUCCAGCUUCACUUUAAACAACUGUGUAAUGGCAAAUGUUCCUGGUCACAGACGUGUUCAUAUACGCAGUGUUAAUGUCACGCAGUGACACAGAGGAGGAGACACACACUUUAUUUCUGUGGAGUGAUAAAAUGAUUAAACAAAUUCUCAAAGGUUUUGCUUCAUGAGAAAUAAGGGCUCGUGGGUUUAAUCAAAGAGCAUUAAAAUAACGUGUGAAAGUGAAGAAAUUAGGACAGAAGUAUUUUACUCUUCAAAAUAUACUGUGAUAUAAUAUAAUAUAAUAAAAAAAUACGUAAAAAUUUAUAUUUUAUUUAAAAAACAUAAUAUAAAAUAUGUGGGUUCCAAAAAAUAACAGUGUAAAUGUAAAAUUGACCAAAAAGAGACAUAUUUUAAAUAUUUUGAAAUAUUUUGAUAUUGAAAGCAUUAUUUUCAUGUCAUUCAUACAUUUUUAAAGCUUUAAAAGGAAAUAAUAUAUCCCUAUUUUAUUAUUUGAUUUAUAUAUUUAAAGUUAAAUAUGUAAAAUUGACUUUCUAAGGUGUUUGAAGCACACAUGCACCUUAAGAAAUAUGACAAUUUAUAUGACAAUUAAUCGUGAAAGCCCUAAAACAGACAAUUAAUCAUCAUAAUCGCAAUUAUUUGUUUGACAAUUAAUCAUCAGCCAGAUUUCAUAAUCGUGACAGACCUAUUGUAGUCAUAGAAACAAUUUCUCAGUCCGAGGACUUAAUUACGGUAAUUCAAACGUGACGUGAAUGUACCAUUAGAAUGAAAUGUGUGACAACCAUACGCUGUUCUGGCUGUGUGUAGCACCUGCCACACUGCAAAAACAAAUAACCAUCUUCUAUCAUUUAUGCAAAGUCAAUUUUUGAACACUGAAAUGCAUUUUUGAGUGUAAGGCAAAACAUUUGCCAAAAUCGCUAUAUCUAUCAAAAUAUCGUGAUAUAUGUGUAUUUUUUGUCCAUAUUGCACAGCCCUAAAUCUAAUGCAUUUGCAAAGAUUUCGCAAAGAGACUGUUGAAUGGUUAACUUUAAAAAAAAAUAUUGGACCAAACAGUGAAUCAACAGUUCAUGAGUAAGCACUGUAUCUCAUUUCACCUGUAAAGAGAUUGUUUACAUUGGAGUCUUAAAGGCAUAGCAGCAUAAAAAUAAUUUAAUUCUGCCGCUCAGAUAAAGGGUGGGAAAUGGUCAUAAAAUCCCCACUAACAUCAUAAGUGGAUGUAAAUAAUUUUACCUUGGCUUGACACAAUUCCAAGUGCUUCGCGGAGAUUAAACCUGCACAUUCUGGAGUGGAUCAGCUUGGAGUGGAAUGCACGAAACAGACAUUUAUUGGCAGUCUUGUACCACACAUCAGAGCUUUGUUUACCUUUCAACACUUAAACAACAAGCAAAGAGAGCACAAUGUUAAUUCUUUUGCAUGGUAAACAUGCAAAUAAGGUCAUGAAAUCAUGUCAUGUCAUGUCAUGAGUGUUUGGGUUUGGAUAUUGGUGUUUGGAUCAUAUUUAAUUCACUGGUCUAUCUCUAGUGUUGCAAAUUUCUAUUGAUCUUUCGAUCACAGCACUAUGAGUUGGCUUUACCUCUCUUCUUUGAUCUUGACAGUUAUGAGUAAAAGUUUGACAGAAAAUUAAUUUAAUAAAUUAUUGCAUGUACUGCACAAAAUAUUUAUAUAUAAA